AUGGCGUCCAGCGUCGACCAGAAGCGCCUGAAGGCGACCAAGUUCCCACCCGAGUUCGACAAGAAGGUCGACAUUGAGAAGGUCAACAUUGACCUGAUGAAGAAGUGGAUUGCUAACAGGAUCACCACUAUUCUCGGUGACGAGGACGACAUCGUAGUCGAGACAUGUUAUAACCUGAUUGAGCAGAGCCAGUUUCCCAAGAUCAAGGAAAUCCAAAUCCAGCUCACGGGCUUCCUCAACAAGGACACGGCGCCUUUUUGCAAAGAGCUAUGGGAUCUCAUGCUGAGCGCGCAAGACAGUCCUAUGGGAGUACCCCGAGAGUUGUUGGAGGCGAAGAAGGCCGAACUGCAGCAGGAGCAGCUAUCCAAAGCCGCAGCUGAUGCCCGACGCGCCGAAGAACAAGCACAGAACGCUAUGAUUGACUCCUUCCGCCAAAGCGAGCGUUCAGAUAGACCUGAACGCGGCCGUGGCGGUGGAGGACGAUACCGUGGCAGCGAUCGCAGGGGACGUGGUAGAGACUUUGACAGAGGGAUCCCACGGCGCGAGCGUGAUUCGAGAUCACCACCGAGACGGAGACCAUCCCCACCUACUCGCGAGCGUGAUAUCUCGCGACCGCCGGCGCUCACCUUCGGGCAGUCGUUCUGCAUCUCCACCACCUCGUCGUACACGUCGCUCACCAUCGUCAGAACCUUCUCGAUCCCCACCACCCAGACGUCGAACGCGACGUUCCCUGUCAACUGA